AUGGCCGGCGGGGGGUUCGCCGUUGAUGCUUCUUCACCGAGUGCCUUGAACGGCAGGAUUACACUCUCCGUUGUCAUCACUUGCAUCGUUGCUGCGUCCAGUGGUCUAAUUUUUGGAUACGACAUUGGAAUCACAGGAGGUGUUACUACGAUGAAACCAUUUCUUGAAAAAUUCUUUCCAUCCAUAUUGAGAAAGUCUACCAGAGCGGAAAGAAACGUGUAUUGUGUGUAUGACAAUCAGUUGUUGACAUUAUUUACGUCCUCCCUUCAUCUGGCGGGACUAGCAUCGUCUCUCAUGGCCAGUCGUGUCACGAUGGCGUUGGGUCGGAGAAACACCAUGAUCUUCGGUGGUUGCAUUUUUUUUGCCGGUGGUGCCAUUAACGGUGCUGCGGAAAAUAUCGCUAUGCUCAUCUUUGGUCGAAUCUUACUUGGCAUUGGAGUCGGUUUCACUAAUCAAGUUCCGUUUUGCCCUCGCGAUCAAGCAUCGAGGUUUUCUUUGUAA